UGGCUUGGGAAGUCGAAUAUAUCGAAACAGUUGAAGUAAUGUGGAGUAAAAGUCUCGUUCAGGCCGAGUUGUACGGCUUGGAGUUAGAACGUUUAAAGUCCGUCAUACAGAGAGAAUCUGCAGAGAAAUAG